GGGGGGGGGGGAAGGCGGAGAAUGGGGGGCGAUGCCCCUUUCUGAGCCCAUCCCGGCUCCGCGCUGCCCUGGCAGGGUGCGGGAGAUGGCGGGGCUGCUGUGAAGGAAGUGUCGGGGCUGGCCGGGGGCUGCGGAGCGGGACAUGGUGCUGGUGCCCCGCUGAUGCUCUGCCGGUGAGGAGCCGGAGGACGGCGACGCGAGGCCACGGUGGGGGAAAAUCCGCGGCUCCGGCUGGGAAACCAUGGGGAGAUGCAAUGGGAGAUGCACGCUGGUCGGAUUCUGCUGCCUGCAGCUGGUGGCAGCGCUGGAGAGGCAGAUCUUUGAUUUCCUGGGCUACCAAUGGGCCCCCAUCCUGGCUAAUUUCCUACACAUCAUGGCCGUCAUCCUGGGCAUUUUUGGGACCAUCCAGUACAGAUCCAAAUACCUCAUGGUGUACGCGGUGUGGCUGGUGCUGUGGGUCGGCUGGAACGCCUUCAUCAUCUGCUUCUACCUGGAGGUCGGACGCCUGUCGCAGGACCGAGACUUCAUCAUGACCUUCAAUACCUCACUGCACCGCUCGUGGUGGAUGGAGAACGGGCCGGGCUGCCUGGUGACGCCGGUGCUCAACUCCAACCUGGCACCCGAGGACCAUCACGUCAUCACGGUCAGCGGCUGCCUACUCGACUACCAGUACAUCGAGGUGGUGAGCAGCGCCACGCAGAUCUUCCUGGCGCUCUUUGGCUUCGUCUAUGCCUGCUACGUCAGCAAAGUGUUCCUGGAGGAAGAAGACAGCUUUGACUUCAUUGGCGGGUUCGACUCCUAUGGCUACCAGGCACCACAGAAGACAUCACACCUACAGCUACAGCCACUCUACACGUCCGGGUAACCUGCCCUGGAUCCAGCCCCAGCCCAGCGUGGGAGCCAGAGGCCACAGGACCCCCUGAGAGUGAACUGCCCCACACCCAACGACACAACCCCUGGCAAUGGGGGGGGAACACGAUGCCAAGACAUCCAUCCCCUCCCUGCACCUUGCAAGACCCCGAAGGAUGGAGCCGGGAGCUGCACAUCCAUCAGCCAGGAAGCCUCUGAGCCCAAACCACGCACCCACAGCAGG